UAAAUAUAAAUUUUAAAAUUAGAAAUAAAAAUUCUGCACAUGCUUGUAUUUUAAUGAGAGAAAUUCAUUGAUUAAAAAUUGCACACUUCUUACCGAAAAGAAAAUAUACAAAUAGAAUAAAAUAAUGGCAGAUACGGAUAUUAAUAAAUUAAAUGACACCAGAGGAAUAGGUUUUCGUUCUUCUUAUUUACCGGAUGAAAUAAAUUCCGAAUCAGAGACAAAGCCACCACCGUAUCUUUUAAAUUUGCCAUUUGAUCAAAAUCCACCUCCUUAUUCAUCGAAUUCACCUGAUAAAUAUGAGAAUAUUGAAGAAAAUAAUAUAGAACCACCACCGUAUGCUACAAAAUUAAUACAUAAUGAUGAUGAUGAUGAUGAUGAUGACGAUGGUGAUGACGGAAAUGAUAUUAAUUUACUAUUAACAAAACGAUUAUAUCCAGAAAUACCCUCAGCACCUUCAAUUGAUGAAAUUGAAUACAAAACAGGUUUAACUGAAAAUGAAAGAAGUUGUAUUUUGAGUGCCUUAUCAAAAAUGCGUGAUAAUGUUUUAUGGAAAUCACAAGAGGAAAAGAAAAAUUUUUCUCUCGCUGAAGAUGAGGUUAUUGAAUUGUUACAUAAUGUUGAAUCCAGACUCACAAAUUCAGAGAAGAAUGAAAUUUUAACCGAAAUAAGAACAAUUAAUAAAAUACGAAACGAUGAGAAAAUUAAAAAUCAUGGACUUACGCAAAAUGAAUUUCAAUGGCGGCAAAAUAUUGUGACAAUUGGAAUGAAAUUUUUUGAAGUGGCAUUGAGCGUUACAGUUUUUGUCAAUUUAACUGAUUCAAAACAUCCAUUUAAUCGACGUUUAUUUGUACUAUUUUUUGAAUUUAUUGGAAUAAUUUCAACAUGCUUUUUGGUAUAUUACUGGUGUGAUACCAAUAAAUCUCGCAAUAUUCGCAUAAUGGACUGCAUUUUUUGUGCAUUCAGCGCAACAGGCUGUGCAAUAGCUGCUUAUACAUUUCCCUUUUAUGGAAAUUCGAUAUAUACAUAUUCCGGUAUGACGAUUUAUGCACUUGAUUUCCUUUGGAAAUUUUAUUGCUGAAAACUUCCUAUGUGAUAAUUAUUAAAUAUAUUUAUCAAUAUAAUAUAUUAGCGGGGUUGCCACAGAUCAGGAAAUUCAGGAAGAAAGUCAAGGAAUUUUAU